GUGUAUAUCACACCCAGAUUGACGCGCGAUCAUCAGGAAAACAUUUUAAAAGGGCGAUAAACGCACGAAACAGACAAGGCAAUGCCCCUUUUGCUGUCAGCUAGCGUUUUAUAAAUUUUUGAUUGUUUGAAUCUACCUACAUUUUUGGAGGAUGAUACCACAAUGAAGGACGUUAGCCAAAUUGGGAGUUUUAGCUAACUAAGUGUCAUAUAUGGCUAGCUAGCCUGCCUAGCUAUCAAUUUUAGCCAGCAGUCUAACGUUAGCCAUACUAGUUAGCUAGGUGGUCACAGCUAGCAAAUACAACACUAGCUAGCUACAGUACAGUAGUUUGUUAUCCUAGCUAGAUAAAGCGAAGGGGUGUUUUUUCAGAGUAUUACUUGCGGCUAUAAUUUUUUAUAUUCGUCGUGUUUUGCCGUUUGACAGCUAGUUAGCGAUUUAGUUAGCUAGCUGAUGGACAGUUUCACAUACGCUCUUUGUCACUACUCGGACGUUUUAUGGUCUUGGUUCUGGGGCGGCUAGGCAUAGCAGGAGAGACUGUACAGAUGUGGCAGCCAAGUUUGUCGCGUUGUCUCCGGGACCUGGGUUGGUAAGCACACGGCAAUUUAGAUGCGUUGGGAGAGGCGUUGCUAGAGAACAACUACGACAUUUGGUUAGAAAGAUAUUGGUCAUUUUUGGACAGAAAAGCAAAAAUAGUUAGCUAACUAACUAUCCUGUUGACUGAAGAGCUAGCUAGCAAAUUCAGCUAUUGUCGCUGGCUAGGUACUAUCGAGUUUAGCUGGGCCCUAUUAGCUAGCUGUAUCUGUCUUGAUUAGAAACUUGCAAGCUGUCAUAUUUGGUGUAGUUGCCCAAUGCUAGCUCGCGCACAGGCGUCUUCAAGAGGCCAAACUUCGUCAAGAGGCCAAACUUCGUAGCUAGCUGGCUACAUUUGUUGCGUACACACCACUAAUUUAUUUAUUUUUACCCUUGGACUGUCCAUUCAGAUUUUCAAAGGGGAUUGGGACAGUUAUUUGCUAUUAAGUGUGAGGUGUGGGCGCCCCAUUCAAGUCGGGCUUUUAAAUACUGCUGUGAUGACUUUAGAAUCCAUGAUGGCUUGUUGCCUGACCGAGGAGGCGAAGGAGUCCAAACGAAUCAACGCCGAGAUCGAUAAGCAGCUCCGCCGAGACAAGCGAGACGCGAGGAGGGAACUUAAACUGCUUUUGUUGGGCACUGGCGAAAGUGGCAAGAGCACCUUCAUCAAACAGAUGCGCAUCAUCCACGGGACGGGCUACACCGACGAGGACAAGAGGGGCUUCACCAAGCUGGUCUAUCAGAACAUCUUCACCUCCAUGCAGUCCAUGAUCCGGGCCUCCGAGACCCUCAAGAUCCAGUACAAGUAUGAACAGAACAAGUCCAACGCGCUGCUGGUGCGCGAGGUGGACGUGGAGAAGGUGUGUUCUUUCGAACAGCCCUACAUCAGUGCAAUAAAGAUACUGUGGACAGACCCUGGCAUCCAGGAGGCCUAUGACCGCAGGCGUGAAUAUCAGCUCUCGGACUCCACCAAAUAUUACCUUAGAGAUUUAGAGCGAAUAGCGACCGUGGGGUACGUGCCCACUCAGCAGGAUGUGCUGCGGGUUCGAGUGCCCACUACUGGCAUCAUUGAGUACCCUUUUGACCUGGAGAAUAUAAUCUUCAGCUAUCUAAGCGAUCUGGAUCGUAUUGCCGAACCAAACUAUCUACCAACCCAACAAGAUGUGCUUAGGGUUCGCAUCCCCACCACAGGGAUCAUUGAAUACCCUUUCGACUUGCAAAGCAUCAUUUUCAGGAUGGUGGAUGUAGGGGGUCAGAGGUCAGAGAGGAGGAAGUGGAUCCACUGCUUUGAGAACGUCACGUCCAUCAUGUUCCUGGUGGCCCUCAGCGAGUAUGACCAGGUCCUGGUGGAGUCUGACAAUGAGAAUCGGAUGGAGGAGAGCAAGGCUCUGUUCCGGACCAUCAUCACAUAUCCCUGGUUCCAGAACUCCUCAGUCAUCCUGUUCCUCAACAAGAAGGACCUCUUGGAGGAGAAGAUAAUCUACUCCCACCUGGUUGACUACUUCCCUGAGUUUGAUGGUCCCCAGAGAGAUGCCCAGGCGGGCCGGGAGUUUAUCCUGAAGAUGUUUGUGGACCUGAACCCGGACAGCGACAAGAUCAUCUACUCCCACUUCACCUGCGCCACGGACACCGAGAACAUCCGCUUUGUGUUCGCCGCAGUCAAAGACACCAUCCUGCAGCUCAACCUCAAAGAGUACAACCUGGUGUGAGAGAGAGAAGUUGAGAGAGAGACCUGCAGCCCACGCACAGCAGAGUGCACAUCUAUACACCAACCAAUUAAACAGUACACAGAUCUGCACACCUGCACUAACAUACACACGUGGACUCAUGCACCAACAUACAUAUAAACACACACACACUAGAUCACACAUACGUAGAAGAUCCCAGGCCCAUCCACCCCUGGCCCCAACAUCUAUCCACCCCUGGCCCCAACAUCCUCCUGCUUCUUGUCUAUGGUUUAAUUGGGUGUGUUUUUUCAGCUCCAUUCAUCCCCCCCCAUUCCUCUCUUCCCUUCCCACUGCAGCCCACGUCCCUCCUGAUGGCACACACACGCACACACAUACACACGCACAUCUGCUCGGAGGCUGCCCUGACCUGCCUGGGUGGUUGACAGCUCUCAUUUGUCAACCGAUGCGGCUCAGGCCUCUGGGUCACCCCUCUUAAAGAAGCAGGGGAAGGGAGG